AUGGCUGCUCCCACCGCCUCACAGACAUACCUCAGCACCCGAGGCGGCUCCACCGGGUUCUCCUUCGAAGCCGCCGUGCUGAAGGGUCUCGCCAGCGACAACGGCCUCUUCAUCCCCGAGGCCAUCCCCUCUCUGCCCAGCGACUGGCAGACCCGCUGGUCCAAACUCUCGUUCCAGGAGCUCGCCUACGAGGUUCUCUCGCUGUACAUCUCGCCGUCCGAGAUCCCCGCCGAGGACCUCAAGACGCUCAUCAACAAGUCGUACUCGACAUUCCGCCACCCCGACAUCACCCCGCUCAAGACCCUCAUCCCCGAGGACAACCUGCACAUUUUGGAGCUCUUCCACGGACCCACCUUUGCGUUCAAGGAUGUGGCGCUGCAGUUUGUCGGGAACCUGUUUGAGUACUUUUUGGUGAGGAAGAAUGCGGGCAAGAAGGAGGGCGAGAAGAGACACACUUUGACGGUCAUUGGUGCCACUUCGGGCGACACUGGAAGUGCGGCCAUCUAUGGGCUGAGGGGAAAGAAGGAUGUUAGUGUUUUCAUCCUGCAUCCAAAGGGCAGAGUGAGCCCCAUCCAGGAGGCGCAGAUGACCACUGUCCUCGACGCAAACGUCCACAACCUUGCCGUCGGCGGCACCUUUGACGACUGCCAGGAUGCCGUCAAAUCCCUCUUCUCCCACCCCGUCCUCUCCAAGACGCACAACCUCGGCGCCGUAAACUCCAUCAACUGGGCCCGCAUCCUCGCCCAGAUCGUCUACUACUUCCACUCCUACUUCGCCCUCCUCGCCACCCUCCCCCCCAACUCAACCCCCAAGAUCCGCUACGUCGUCCCCACCGGCAACUUCGGCGACAUCCUCGCCGGCUACUUCGCCAAGCGCAUGGGCCUGCCCAUCGACCGCCUCGUCAUCUCCACAAACAGCAACGACAUCCUCGACCGCUUCCUCAAGACCGGCCGCUACGAGAAGCAGCCCGUCCCGCCCUCCGAAGAAGCCCAAGGCGGCCUCCCCGCCGACGGCAGCAAGGCCCACGAGGCAGGCGUAAAGGAAACCCUCUCGCCGGCAAUGGACAUCCUCGUGUCCAGCAACUUCGAGCGCCUCCUCUGGUACCUCGCCCUCGAGUGCGAGGCCUCCGGCAACGACCAUGCCAAGGCCGGCGCCGUCGUGAAAGGCUGGAUGGACGAUCUCAAGGCCGUGGGCACCACGGUCGUCUCGCAGGCGGUGCUGGACGCCGCGCGCCGCGACUUUGGCUCCGAGCGGGUCAGCGACGAGGACACCACCGCGACCAUCAGGAAGAUCUUCACGGAGCCGCCGUCGGCGCCGUAUGUGCUUGAUCCGCACACGGCCGUGGGCAUUGCUGCGUCGCUGAGGCUGGUGCAGCGCACCAAGGAGGAGGGUGAGAGGGAUGUGCACUAUGUUUCGCUGAGCACGGCGCAUCCGGCGAAGUUUAACCAUGCGGUGGAUUUGGCGCUGGGGGGGCUGGGGACGUAUGAUUUUGAGAGGGACGUGAGGCCGGUGGAGUUCCGUGGGUUGGAGGCGAGGGAGAAGAGGGUGAGGUUUGUGGAGAGGGCGGAUCCGGAGGUGGUCAUGAAGGUGGUGUUGGAGGGGUUGGAGAGUGAGGGGAAGGAAUAA